CUUGCUCAAAGUGAAUGUAAACUGUUUGAUUCUGCGAAUUUAUGCGUUAGAUGUCCAGAGAACGCGCAAGGUUUUUAAAGAAUACCUUUCUUUAUAUAUUCGCAAUAUCGGCAACCCUGUGCGGAUCCUUUGUGGUAAGGCUUUUUUCCCAAAUUUCCAUGAAUGGCAAACAAAUUAAAUAAAGAAAAACGUCGUUACGAGCAACAACCACGGUUUCUUGUUGAAUAUAACGGAAAUCCACACGUUUAGUGUACUAUUCUUGUACCUGUCAGCCUGCUUGUUUCUAACAAAUCUCGCAGAAGAUGAAUGUGGACAACGACUCUUCCAGCGGAGGCGGCGCGUUCGACAUUGAGCAGUCCCUUCUGCAACAGUUCAGCUGCAUGGGUACCACUGACAAAGAUGAGCUGGUCCAGCAGUUGCAGAAAUUAUUGGGGAGUCCUACACAUCUUAACUACUCUACUGCUGCAUUCUUUUUAGACAUGAAUAAUUGGAACCUGCAAGCUGCAAUCUGCUCUUACCUAGAUAUUGAAUCUCCCAACCAGCUACCUUCAUUGUCAUUAAUAUCGGAUCCAGUGGCCACUGAAACUGGGAGUAUUGAGCCCAAUACAAAAUUCCAGAAGUUCUGGUAUAUAUGUAAUAGUGGAUCAGAACCAUGGCCAGUUGGUUGUUAUGUUCAGUGUUCUGAUGGUGAUAGCUUUGGAGGCGGGAGAAUUCCCUUGCCUUGCCUGGCACCAGGGCAAGCUACCUAUUUGAAGAUUGAAAUGACCAGUCCGCCUGUGCCAGGUAUUUAUCAAAGCAAAUGGAGAGCCUGCACCCUCAAUGGUUCUUAUUUUGGAGAUCCUAUGUGGGCGAUUUUGACAGUUGUUGAACAGGGGACUAUUGAAUUAACUGAGCAGCUGUCUCAUUUUAGUGAGCUUGGUGCGAUACCUCCCUUGCCAUCUCAAGUUCUCAACCCAUUUGUGCCCCACAGAUCUCAUCUUGACAGUAAUCGGGAAUCGGCACCUCCCGAAGAUAACGAGUCGCAGAUGUGCUAGUAAAGUGCCAUUCGAAGAAUGUUUUUAAGACUGCGAUUUGAGUGCGCCUGCGAAAAUGAUUUUUGGUUUUUCUUUUUAUUAAUAAAUGACACUUAACAGUUGGUUUAUUUGUUUGAGAAAGCAAUUAAAAAAAAUAUAUUUCUAGUUAUACUCUUA